UACACGUCCAAGGCAAUGACCGUGAAUGAAGCGCUCGACCUCGCUCUGCCGCUUGGGCACCCCGAGCGCCUCUUCGAGUCCAUGGGCUACUCUCUCUUCGCGGGUGGCAAGCGGGUGCGCCCCAUGCUUGCGCUCGCCGCGUGCGAGCUAGUGGGCGGUGAUGAGGCCGCUGCCCUGCCUGUGGCCUGCGCCGUCGAGAUGGUCCAUACCAUGUCGCUCAUCCACGACGACCUCCCUUGCAUGGACGAUGACCACCUCCGGCGCGGCCGCCCCACAAACCACGUUGCCUUUGGUGUCAGCACCGCGUUGCUCGCGGGGGACGCGCUCCUGGCGUGUGCGUUCGAGCACGUCGCCCGGGGAUGCACGGAGCACGGCGUGCCGGCCGACCGCGCACUCCGCGCUGUGGCAGAGCUCGCCAGCGCCGUGGGCACGGACGGACUCGUGACGGGGCAGGUUGUGGACCUUGCCAGCGAGGGUGCAGACGUCGACCUGGCCACGCUAGAGUACAUCCAUGUGCACAAGACGGCACGACUCCUAGAGGCCGCGGCGGUGUGCGGCGCCAUCGUCUCCGGAGGAGCCGAUGAAGAGAUUGAGGGCAUCCGGCGGUACGCGCGUUACGUCGGCCUGCUAUUCCAGGUAGUGGACGACGUGCUGGACGUGACGCGCACGUCCGAGCAGCUAGGGAAGACGGCAGGGAAGGAUAUUGCGACCGACAAGGCAACGUACCCGAAGCUGAUGGGCGUGGACGGGGCGCUCACGUACGCGGCAGAGCUUGUGGCGAGCGCCGAGGCAGAGCUAGACCGCUUUGACGGUACUUGUAAAGAGCCUCUGCGUCACCUCGCGCACUUCAUUGUGUACCGGCAGCACUGA